AUGAAAAGUGUAGAGCAGUUAUUUCCACAAUUUUAAGUUAUCAAUAUUUUGAGAUAAAAUACUUACAAGAAAUCAGUAAUUGUAAAACGAAGUGGAUAUAAUUACAUGUUGCGUAUAUUUAAUCUUGAAGGAAUUCCUAAAGAAAGAGUUUAAUCAAUAAUAAAAAUCCUUAACAAAUUAUCUAAUCAUAAGAAUCCUCAUAUUGUUAAAUUUUAUGAGGCAUCUUUCGAUCAUGAUAUGACAUACUUGGGGUAUUGAUAAAAAUUAGAAGAUUAGCAUUGUCAGUGAAUACUUAGAUAAAUAAUACGAAUACCCUCUGAAGGAAGUUGAUAUUUGGAAUAUAAUUUAAGAGGUAUCCAACAUGUCCUAUAUAGUUAUCAUUUGGAUUACAAUAAUUUCAUCCAAAAAGAGUUCAUGGCAAAUUAUAAUUGUCUAAUUUAUUUCAAAGUAAAGGUAAGACCAUUUUGGGUGAAAUGAAUGUUCUCUAUUAUUUACAUAAAUAAAACUAUCAAGAUAUAUAUUUAUUAGCACCAGAAUUUAUUAAGUCUCAAAUAUAUGAUCAUAAAUCAGAUAUAUGGAUGGCUGGUUAUAUGCUCUAUUAGAUGAUGUUUAAAGAUCCACCUAUCAUAGCUAAUAAUGUUGAUAUUUUACAUAAAAAAAUACUUAAAGGAAUAUAAUUAACAUAUAAUCCAAAUUAUAGUCUUAAUUUGAAUAAUUUAUUAAGAUUAAUGAUGUGUUAUGAUGCUGAACUUAGACCUAAUGUUGAAUAAAUUCAAUACUUUUGUUAACAAGCUUAAAUAUCUAAUGAAGAAAUAAAUAUCAAUAGAAUAUUACCUAAAUUCAAAGUAGAUAAAGUAAUAUUACAUAAAAAGAGAACUGAAAAGAAAUAAGAACCUAUUUAAAAUAUUGUAUAUUUAAAUGAAGAUCAAUUUAAAUAACCAUAUUUCCCACCUUCUAAAAUUAUUAAAUAAAAAAGACUCUAUUUAUCAAAAUAAACAACUUCAGUCAUUGACUUUGGUCCAUCUCCAAAAACAACUUAUUCUGUUUAGUUACCAAAAGUUCUUAAUUAUUAAUUUAGUAAAUUGAAAGUUAAAGAGGCUAGUACAGUUCCAGGUUCCAUUGGAAAUGCUGAAUAAUUAGAAAAGUAUAUAAUUAAUUAAUUUAAGAUUGUAAAAUAAAUCUCAAAUUAAUAAAUUAGAAUUUGAUAAUCUUUUUCCAUAAACUAAAUAAACUUUACAAACUUAGAGAAGAUCUCCAAAUAGAAUUCAAUUACAAUAAGAAUUUUAAAAUAAAUAAAAGAGUUAAAGAUUAUUUAAUUGA